CGGUAACGUCCCAUUUGUAAUGACGCUGUCUUGAGCGAUCUUCAGUCAACGCGGGGAUUGUCUGACACAAAAACGUGUUCACUUGAUUGAAAAAAUCGUGAAAAUUACAGGCAUAGUCCAUCUGCGAAAAAAUUACCCCCAGCCAACUGCAGGGGAAACCGUGACGAAUUCUACGAUCGGGGCAACUUGCGCAAAUAGCAUGCAUCCAAGUUGAAUGGAAAAUAUACGGGAACUGUAAUCCCGCCAACAAAUGCUAUGGUGGUUCUUUCUUGCAGGAGACAGGUAUUCGGACAAGGCGUAAACGAUAGAGUACAUUUCGGACACUGUGCGUAUCCUUUCGAUCAAACCGAAGAUCCCGCAUCGGUACAGUUCCUCGACUCCGAUGAACACGAUCGUCAUGUUCGUCCCUCAACAAGAGGCAUGGAUCGUAGAGAGGAUGGGGAAAUUUCACAGAAUCUUGGAGCCAGGAGUUAAUCUUCUAAUUCCUGUAAUAGACCGAGUGAAGUACGUGCAGAGUCUAAAAGAAAUUGCAAUCGAUGUUCCCAAACAAAGCGCAAUCACGCUAGAUAAUGUCAACUUAAACAUUGACGGCGUCUUGUAUUUGAGAGUGAACGACCCGUAUCUGGCAUCUUACGGAGUUGAGGAUCCUGAGUUUGCAAUCGUUCAGCUGGGGCAAACAACAAUGAGAUCGGAACUAGGCAAAAUAUCGCUAGAUAAAGUGUUCAGAGAAAGAGAGGGACUCAACGUUUCCAUUGUAGAAAGUAUAAACAAGGCCAGCGAAGCCUGGGGAAUAACUUGCCUUCGUUAUGAAAUUCGCGACAUUAAACUACCAGUGAGAGUACAAGAAGCCAUGCAAAUGCAGGUAGAAGCAGAGAGAAAGAAAAGGGCUGCUAUAUUGGAAUCUGAGGGUACGAGAGAAGCUGACAUAAAUGUUGCAGAGGGAAAACGUCAGGCCAGAAUCCUCGCGUCUGAGGCUGAGAAACAGGAACAAAUCAACAAGGCGAACGGCGAAGCAGCGGCUAUGUUAGCUGUCGCGGAGGCGAGAGCCAAAGGUUUACAGGUUGUUGCCGGAUCUUUGGGUUUGGAAAAUGGCAGAAAUGCCGCAUCGUUCAGCAUCGCCGAGCAAUACGUUCGUGCAUUCAACAAACUAGCCAAAACUAACAACACUAUGAUCUUACCGAGCAACCCUGCCGAUGUUCCCAACAUUGUUGGACAGGCGAUGGCGAUAUACCAGCAUAUUGCACCCCGUCCACAAACACCGGACGAUCCAGCACCGCAAUUUAAGUCGAAAAUCCCGCUCACCGUUGAUACUCCGGAUAACGCUUAUGAAUAUUUUAGCGAUAAAGAGGAGCUGGAGAAGCAUAGAAAUUCUACCAGUAAGAAUUCGCAAAUAUUGUAAAAGUUUUCAUUACAAAGUAAAUAAAUAAAAAUUGAAAAUGUAAAAAUA